GUGCGGCCCGGGCAUGCCCAGUACGGGCGCGGUGGCCCCGGCCCUGGGAGCGCCCGGGUGGGAGCGGGCGGAGGGGCGCGGAGGAGCCGAGCGGGCCCGCAGUGGGCGAGGGGCUGGCCGCGCCGGAGCCGCGGCGGCGGAGCUGCCGGGUCCUUCAUGAUGAAAGAUUUUGGGACGCUUCUCUGUCCUCUGUGUAGUUGGUAGUUGGGGUGGUGAAGAGAUGGCUGACAGUGUCAAAACCUUUCUCCAGGACCUUGCCAGGGGAAUCAAAGACUCCAUCUGGGGAAUUUGUACCAUCUCAAAGCUAGAUGCUCGAAUUCAGCAAAAGAGAGAGGAGCAGCGUCGAAGAAGGGCAAGUAGUGUCCUGGCACAGAGGAGAGCCCAGAGCAUAGAGAGGAAGCAAGAGAGUGAGCCACGUAUCGUUAGUAGAAUUUUCCAGUGCUGUGCUUGGAAUGGUGGAGUAUUCUGGUUCAGUCUUCUCUUGUUUUAUCGUGUGUUUAUUCCUGUGCUUCAGUCAGUAACAGCCCAAAUUAUUGGUGAUCCAUCACUACAUGGAGAUGUUUGGUCUUGGCUGGAAUUCUUCCUCACGUCAAUUUUCAGUGCUCUUUGGGUGCUCCCCCUGUUUGUGCUUAGCAAAGUUGUGAAUGCCAUCUGGUUUCAGGACAUAGCUGAUCUGGCAUUUGAGGUAUCGGGGAGGAAGCCUCACCCAUUCCCUAGUGUUAGCAAAAUAAUUGCUGACAUGCUCUUCAACCUUUUGCUGCAGGCUCUUUUCCUCAUUCAGGGGAUGUUUGUGAGUCUCUUUCCCAUCCAUCUUGUUGGUCAGCUGGUUAGUCUCCUGCAUAUGUCCCUUCUCUACUCACUAUACUGCUUCGAAUAUCGAUGGUUUAAUAAAGGAAUUGAGAUGCACCAGCGGUUGUCCAACAUAGAAAGGAAUUGGCCGUACUACUUUGGAUUCGGUUUGCCCUUGGCUUUCCUCACAGCAAUGCAAUCCUCAUACAUUAUCAGUGGUUGCCUCUUCUCUAUCCUCUUUCCUUUAUUCAUUAUCAGCGCCAAUGAAGCAAAGACCCCUGGCAAAGCGUACCUUUUCCAGUUGCGCCUCUUCUCUUUGGUGGUUUUCUUAAGCAACAGACUCUUCCACAAGACGGUCUACCUGCAGUCAGCCCUGAGUAGCUCGACCUCCGCAGAGAAGUUCCCUUCACCACAUCCCUCUCCUGCCAAACUGAAGGCUGCUGCAGGCCACUGAGUCGCCUGCCAUCCAGAGGGCACGGGUGGGAUUGGAAGGAGGCUGUGGCAGCUCUUUUCCUUGUUCACCUCCCCAACCAGGGAAGGCAGGACCCACCUGCCAAGGGCCCUCUGCCUUCCCUUCUCUCUGAGGAAAUGGGAUUUUUGUCUCCGGUGCACGUAAGGCAGAAUCUCCUGACACCAGUAUGUGGAUUUUUAACACCGGUGAGUCUGAAAGGACCACAGGUUUUUCUGCAGCUCUUUUUCUAGCGUUUGCCAGCCCCUGUGCCUGGACUGAUUUGAAUACUUUUUUCCCCUGUGCCAUUUACCCUCCCGCCUCCCCUUCCUGCCUUCUAUCACCCUUGGAUGAAUGGGUUUUGUAAUUCUAGCUGUUGUAUUUUGUGGACCUGUUAUUUUUGUUGUUUUUCUGUGAAGCACAUAUAUUGGAUGUGGGAGGUAAAGGAGUAUCUCAGUUGCUCCUGGCCACUCCCUUUAUAGCCAUCACUGUCUUGUUUCUUGUAACUCAGGUUAGGUUUUGGUCUCUCUUGCUCUACUGCAAAAAAACAAGCCUGAAGAGAUGGGACAGAAGGAAAGACCUCACAGCCAGAUCUGCAGGGUUUUGAGGAGUGAUUUUUUCUUUCUUCCCUUGAAGGGGGAAAAAGCUUUUUUCACUGGUACAUUUGAAGUACCCCAGCUAUAGGGAGGUACCGAUUUUGGACAAGUGCCACUGCAACACAGAAUGCUAAGAGAACCUGAACUUUUAAACUCUGGAGGUCUGAAAUUUACUGUUGGCCACUGCCGGGUCUGUCUGGUAUGUCAAAGGAAUAUUGGGUGCUGCAAAUAGGAACUGAAGGGGUAAACUUAUUAAACCCAUUAAACCUGU